ACCCUCGUGUGUCAGAGACUGUGAGAAGUGUGUGUAUGCAUGUGGGCAUGUUUGUGAGUGUGUGUGACUGUGUGUACCUGAGAAACCCCUGUGGGUGGACAUGCUCAGCACUGUGUGCCAUUUUCCUUCCCCUGGGCAGCACUUUGUUGCAUUUCUUGAUUGCUGUUGCUGUCUUUCCAUCAGCGGGACUGAGGAAAGCAUCUGAACACGAGGCUAACACUAAGGAUUAAUAGAGAAACCGAAGGAACAGUGGACAAGAUGUUGAUCACCAUGCUAACAGCCAUGUACAUGAUGGUCAAAGUCGUAGAAUCGAUAGGGGUACGGUUUGCACGAGAAGAGGACCCCCUGCCGUACAUGGUGUCCCAGCCUUUGCCCUGGCAGGUUCACUCAGUGUCACACAGUAGGAGGAGCAGCAAAGCAGAGGAGUUUGAAGGCCUCAGGAGGAACAGCAUAGGCGUGUAUAGAAAGAACUAUGUCUCCAUGGCUAUUGCCUCUACCUCUCUGGCUAUCCCAUGUGUCCUGUCGUGCUCAGACUCCAACGCCAGCAAUGGGACUGCUCACGCUGUUCCUCCACUCAGCCCCGUUGAAGUUGAGAAGGCCGCUGCUACCAUCCAGACCCAUUUCAGGAAGUUCCAACAGAAGAAACAGAAGAAUGGCAAGUAGAUGGACAGAGAGCGAUGGUGGUACAGGUGCAGCAAGCCUGAGACAACAGAAAGCAGGUGGGACAUGUGUCGACAAAGGACGGAUGAACUCUGCGAAGACGCGCACAAUUGCACAUGUACACACAAAUGUAUUCAAAUUGUAUGAUUAACAGGAAGUAGAGCUCCUGAAUUAGUGACACAGUAUAAAAAAAACAUGCAUUAUAGCCUCAAAGAGCUGCUUGUAAAUCCCAAUUUAAAACUCUAUGUGAAUGAUAUAAAGUAUGUGAGUAUACUCUAUGAAUGGCAGUUUCCAUGUGCUGUGAUAACAGUGUGAGAGUGUGUGAGCGACUAUGAGUAUGAUGUAAUGUAUAUAUGAACAGUGUUUUGAUUAAAUAAUUAUGGAAAAAUAUAAUUUGUUACCUUGUAACAUUAAAUUCAAUGAACUCCA